UCUGUGGAUUUUCAUUUUUUAAAAUAACUUCAUUGUUCCAGUUCAACGUUAUGGAGUUGCCAGUCUAACUUUUGCACUGGUAAUGUGAAUAAGUCAAAGUCGGAGCCGCGGUGAGAGGAGACACCCGUGGAAACAGCAGCGGUGGGCGGGGCUCCACCACAUCUGGAUGAAAAACAUCUGUAUUGCUGUCGCUGCCUACAUCAGAGUCUCCGUGCUGAGGAUCGACCGACGGACUGACUGACCGAGCGCCCGUGUUUCCAGCUGACUGCGCCGCAAACAAUGGCUCGAUGCGGGGCGGUUUGGCCCGCGACCCUCGUCCUGCUGACGGCCGGUCUUCCCCUUGUUGUCCAGUCUCUCAGCCACCUGAACUUCAACCUGUGUAAGUGGUGUGAGAUGUCCAGCCCGACGUGUAAGGACAGCGUCUGCAUCAGUAACUGCUCCCUGUCGUCCUUUUGCACUGUCACUGAGGAAAUCUGUGUUGCCAUAUGGAGGAAGACCAACAACACCAUGAUGGUGCACACCAUGUGUCACCACCCCAGUGAGCCUCUAGAGGGCGUAGACCCAGGCCUGUUGCUGAACUUCACCUCCAGAGAGUGUCAUAUGGUCCCUCAGCCAGCAGAGGACGGAGCCAUGAUGGUCUGUGGCUGCCGGGGAGACCAUGAGUGCAACGACAAACUGAUCUUCAACAAGGGAGCAAACGGUUACUCCAAGGUGCAGAGUAAGGACAUGAUCCCAGUGGUGGUGGUGAGUUUGGUGCCUCCUGUCCUGGUGGCCACAGUUGCCAUCGCUGCCUUCUACUUCUACCGCACCCACAGCCCUGAUAAACCGGGCCCUCCUGCACGCUCUGACUGGACCACCAAAUGUGCCCCAAAGCUCUACCAGGCUUUGGACCUGCCAGGUGGGGGGUUGGGGGCUCAGGGGGAGGGUGGAGGAGGAGGUGUGACAGGUCCUGGAUCUGAAAGGGAUGGAUAUAAUGUCAAGAGGCCAUCUCUUGACAACAACAUCAUCAGUGACAUCACAGACUGCUUGGGCCAAAUGGCUGAACUACUGCCUAUCAAACUGGAAGUACUGGUGGGGAAGGGGCGCUUCGCUGAGGUGUGGAGGGCAUCCCUGCUACAGGGACAGAAGGGUGGAGAUAACAGUUAUGAAACAGUGGCAGUGAAAGUCUUUCCAGCUGUAGAGUAUGCCUCAUGGAGAAACGAGUGCUCCAUCUUCUCGGACCCCUCACUAGAGCAUGAAAAUGUUGUUCGAUUCCUGGCAGCUGAACAGAGGGGUCCACCUAGUCAGGCACUCAUAAAUUACUGGCUGGUUCUGGACUACCACAGCCUUGGAAACCUGCAGGACUUCCUCACUGCAAACAUACUGAGCUGGCAGGAUCUUGUUGCCAUGGCAGGCAGCAUCGCUAGAGGGCUAGCUCAUCUCCACAGUGACACAACAGCCAGAGGGGUACCAAAGGUGCCAGUUGCCCACCGGGACCUAAAAAGCAGUAACAUCGUGGUAAAGAGCCAGACUGAGUGUGCUCUGUGUGACUUUGGUCUGGCCUUGAGACUGGACCUCUCCCUCACCGUGGACGACUAUGCCAACAGUGGACAGGUGGGGACAGCUCGCUACAUGGCUCCUGAGGUGCUGGAGUCCAGGGUGAACCUGGAGGACCUCGAGGCCUUUAAACAGAUGGAUGUUUACUCCAUGGCUCUGGUCCUGUGGGAAAUGGCCUCCCGCUGCCACGCCAUCGGAGAGGUGAGGAGCUACGAGCCAGCGUUUGGCUCCCAGGUGUGUGAGCAGCCCUGCGUGGACAGUAUGAGAGACCUGGUCCUGAGGGACCGAGGACGGCCCGAGAUCCCAUCGGUGUGGACGCAGCACCAGGGGAUGAGUGUCUUCUGCUCCACCAUCACUGAGUGCUGGGAUCACGACCCUGAGGCCAGACUGACGACUCACUGCGUGGUGGAGCGCUUCAACGCCCUGCAGCGGGAUGAGGAGGAGGAACUGAGGCCAGACACUGACAGAGAGGAGGAUGAACAGAGAGACAAGGACUCACCAGACCAGAGUCACUCCUUCUCCACUGCUGCUUCCUCGCCCUCCUCCUCUGCCUCCAUCGAGGUUCCUCAGCCAGUGAGAGACGGUACAGAGGUAUCCCAUGAUUCCCUGGUUUACACUGGCUCUGUGGUGUGAGCCUGUUGCUGGCUGCAUUUACUCUGCCAGAGGAACAUUGAACAUGUUCAGUAAAGGAUUAUUUUCAAUGCUGAAGAAUCUGUAAACAAUUAACUUCAGUAAAGUAUCAGAAAAGGUUCAGUUCAGUAGUUUUGAUCCAGAUCAAAACCCAAAGAUAUACAAUGAAAUAAAGCAGAGAACACAGCACAUUGUCUGGUGUGUUUAGCCACACUGGCAGCUCUGGUUAGACCUCUGCUUUGGUCCAGACCACAGCCUGUGGAUGGCACAUCACCACUUCAUGCUACUGUACAAAAGUGAACAGUCGGCUUCACCUGAAAUCACAGUUCUGCUGGCAGAGACAGUUCUGUUGUAUGAAAAGGUUUUAUCCUGUUGGAGCUGGUCUCUAAUUUGUUAUGGUCUUAUUUUUUAAUAGUUACUAUGAUUAUCCUUGUUGUAACCUAUAAACAGGAGAAGGAGCUCUCUCCUGCUAUGGGGAAGGUAUUUGUCGGGUUAAACAAAUCAUCACAAAUACUGGCUCCGCUGUGCCACUACUGACUCUAUAUACGAUGAAUACGCCACCACCACUUCCCUCCACUAUGCAAAAGUGAAGCCAAAAUAUCAUAAAUACAGUGGCUGCCAUCUUGCUUUUUUUACAACCAGAUUCUGCGCAGCAGCAACCAAGUGGAGUGACAGCAAUCAAAGCUGUCAGUCUGAAAUAGAGCUCAAAA